AUGCUCUACAAUAAUAAAAGCGAUGUUGUCUACGGGUAUGGAUGGACCCACAUUCCGUUCAAGCAUUCCUCCACAUUGGACACAAUCGCUCUCGAUCCUCCUCUCAAACGUAAGAUUCUGAUGGAUCUUGACCGUUUUAAGCGAGGAAAGGAAUUUUACAGCCGGAUUGGGCGUUCGUGGAAGCGAGCCUACCUUCUUCAGGGCCCCCCUAGAACAAGGAAAUCAAGCCUUGUGCCUGUCAGGAAUGAUUUGUACGACCUCGAGCUCACUCGGGUGAAGAACAAUGCAGAGUUUCGUGCGCUUCUCACCCAAACAAAGGAAAAAUCUGUGAUUAUUAUUGAAGACAUCGAUUGCUCACUGCAUCGAACUGACAGGGUUUCGAGGCUUUCUGACGACGAUGAAGAGGAGAAGAGUAGCAGCAAAGUUACUCUGUCUGGUUUUCUCAAUUUCAUAGACGGAUUGUGGUCCUGCUGCGGAGAGGAGCGUGUUAUUGUGUUUACGACCAACCACAAGGAUAUGUUUGAUCUAGCCCUGCUCAGGUCUGGGAGGAUGGACAUGCAUAUUCUGUUCUCUUUCUGCACUUUUCCUGCAUUUAAAUCUCUUGCUUUCAAUUAUUUGGAGAUAGAGGAUCACCUGCUCUUUUCCAUCGUGGAAGUGAAGAUGGGAUGCGUGGCUGAGAUGACUCCUGCAGAUUUUAUAGAAGUUCUGAUGAAUAAAAUGGACGGCCGAGAUGAAGCUUCGCCUGAUUUGAUUUCUGCGCUGGAUGGAAAGAAAAGAGUAAGGAAUGCUCCCCUUACAUCUUGA